AUGAUAGACUUAACGAGGUCUAACAAUAAGUGGGUAGGGAAGAGUGAUGAAGAACUUGCCAGAGAAUUGCUGGCUGGAGUGAACCCUGCCAUCAUCGCAAAACUCAAGGAAUUGCCGCCAACCAACUAUAUCGAUCCCACACGUUUUGGAGAGCAGGAUAGAAUGAUCACAGUGGAGCAUACAGAGGAAAAUUUUGUUGGCCUCACAGCAUGCCUUAAGUCUAAUGUCGCCACCUGUUCCGACUCAGACGACACCGUAGCCACUCCCGAUCAGCUCCGUCCACACGUCGCCCGCUCGGUUCCGUUGCCAUUGGUGUGCGGAACAAAUGAAGGUAGUUAUGGAUAUGGUGAGAAUAAUGCCCUCGAGGAAUUAGCGGUUGAAGCUGUCAAACGAAUUGAACGACAAUUGGUGGAUCAUGGAAAUGGGGAGAUUGAGUUAAGUGCCAACUAUAUUGUUUGUACUGAGGACGUUCUCAUUGCAGGUGUGAAAAUGCCUGGUAUAAAUUCUAGUGACAAGGUUGAUUCAACACAACGCUCCCAAACUGUUCGACGAAAUGUCACUAAAGUAUUCAAAUCAAAUUUGAAGGGGCUAGAGGAGGUUGUGCAAAAACUUGUUAAAGUUCCAGCUGAGGUUAGUCCUUUUCUUCAGGUGAAUUUGGUUUCAACAAUUCACAUUGCGGACAAAGAGUAUUUUGAUAACCUACAAAAGGGACUUGAGCUCUAUGACUGUGUCCUUUAUGAGACGGUGGCAAGUAGAGAGAACUUAGAAAAUAGAAGCUCUGGAUCAACUAAAAGCCUCAAAGAUUCACGCUUCAGAAGUUUCAGUAUUCUGGGAUUUAUCCAAAGGGAGAUGGCCCGACUUCUUGCCUUAGACUUCCAAUCGGACUGUCUCAAUUAUCAGGCUGACAAUUGGUUACAUGCUGAUCUUGACUUUGAGACCUUUAAAAUGCUCCAGCUUGAGAAAGGUGAAAGUCUAUUCACAUUUGCUAGGGAUAUGACCUUAAAAUCUACAAAAGCUUUUGUGCAAUCAACUUCACUCCCAGAUGAUCUUGAUCCUUGGAGAUCGAAGCUCUUGCAGGUUUCACGUGUGCUACCUAUGCCUCUUAUAGGACUUCUUAUUAUAGGCAGCGUCUGCUCUGCAGCAGAAAAUCAGGUCUCUGAAUACUCUGAGAUAGAAGCACUCUCUAGACUCUCUGAUAUUGCUCUUCAUCUUUUAGAAUGCAAAAAGCAGGAGCAACAACGUGAGUUGUAUAAAGCAAGUGAGACAUAAUCCUUGCCUAUAAAUGACCUCAUCGGUAGAGGCAAGAAUAAGGAGCUUGUUAUGCAGUGGUUAAGGAAGCCUCUUAAUGUGGUAAUUUUAAAGUCUGAAUU